CCCUGAAGACACACAGGUCUCACGAAUGAGUGGGCACAGACUCCUCCCCCUCCCCCGCCCCGGACCAGAUUCUCCUCGCCAAGGCGCAGGGGUGCCUGGGCACAGAGAGCGCACAGAGUCCUAGACAGAUCCAGCCUUCGGGCUGCAGACGGGAAGCCACUGGGCAGCUGGGGCCGUGGCCGCCGUGGCCUGGGGUGUCUGUGGGCAGCUGGCUUGGCUUCACCGGGUCAGCCUGAGUCAGGCCCACCCCCCUUGGGCCGAUCAAAUCUGAGUCUGGGCCCUGCCUCUCAGAAGCCGCCACGCCCCUUCCCAUCCCUUCUCCCAGGGCUGCGGGGAGCCUAGGCGCGCCCAAAGUGAAAGAGAAAGUCACCCCCCCAAGGCCAGCCCCGCCCCGCCCAGCGGCCAAUCCCUGCCUCUGGCACCUCCCUCAGCCACUGGAUCUCCUCCUUGAGCCCCGCGGGCUGGAGUCCUGGAGGAGCCCGGUCCUGUCCUCAGGAAGAGAAGUGGUGGUUUUGAAAUUCCCCAGAAAGUGGAGGACCGCCCCUCCCCCCUGCCCUGCCCGCCCUCCACCGCCUCUACCUCGUCCGCCCGUCUCCCACGUCCACGUCUCCGGCUCCUUCCAGGGUGUGCUCAGUUAAAUGGCUGAUAAGCCGAUCAGUCUGCCAGCCAAGCUCAUCAAUGGUGGCAUCGCUGGGCUGAUCGGGGUCACCUGCGUGUUCCCCAUCGACCUGGCCAAGACCAGGCUGCAGAACCAGCAGAAUGGCCAGCGCAUGUACAGCAGCAUGUCUGACUGCCUCCUCAAGACCAUCCGCUCGGAGGGCUACUUUGGCAUGUACCGCGGAGCCGCCGUGAACCUGACCCUCGUCACCCCCGAGAAGGCCAUCAAGCUGGCUGCCAACGACUUCUUUCGAUAUCAGCUCUCCAAGGAUGGGCAGAAGCUGACCCUGUUCAAGGAGAUGCUGGCGGGCUGUGGAGCCGGCACCUGCCAGGUGAUCGUGACCACCCCCAUGGAGAUGCUGAAGAUCCAGCUUCAGGACGCAGGCCGCAUCGCCGCCCAGAAGAAGAUAUUGGCUGCCCAGGCCCAGCUGUCGGCCCAAGGGGGUGCCCAGCCCUCUGUGGAGGCCACGGCCACCCCCCGGCCCACGGCCACCCAGCUGACCCGGGACCUGCUUCGGAGCCGGGGCAUCGCUGGCCUCUACAAGGGACUGGGGGCCACACUGCUCAGGGACGUCCCCUUCUCCAUCGUCUACUUCCCCCUCUUUGCCAACCUGAACCAGCUGGGCCGUCCAGCAUCCGCGGAGAAGUCUCCUUUCUACGUGUCCUUUCUGGCUGGCUGUGUGGCUGGGAGCGCGGCUGCCGUGGCUGUCAACCCCUGUGACGUGGUGAAGACCAGACUCCAGUCGCUGCAGCGCGGCGUCAACGAGGACACCUACACGGGGUUCCUGGACUGUGCCAGGAAGAUCCUGAGGCACGAGGGCCCCUCGGCCUUCCUGAAGGGCGCCUACUGCCGUGCCCUGGUCAUCGCCCCGCUGUUCGGCAUCGCCCAAGUGGUCUACUUCCUGGGCAUCGCCGAGACCUUGCUGGGGCUGCUGCAGCGGCCCCAGCACUGAGCCGAGGGACCACCCAUGCCCUCCAGCCGCCUGGGACCAGAGUGGGGCCGGAGCCGGGUGGCCUGGCCAGGACUGUCUGCCCCUCCGCGAGUGGACGGGGGUGUGGGGGAGCAGAGGAGGGGCGCAGGGUCCACAUGGGUGGUGCGCACAGGGCCCCCCGAGGGGUCCUGCCUGCACGACCACUGGGAUCAACGUCUUAUUUAUGUAGAAAAUGCAGAAAUCUUUACAUUCCUGGAGCCAGCCCCUGCCACGGCUCCGCCCCGGCCUGAAUGCCCCCAGGGACAGAGCUGGUCUCUGGGCUGGGGUCCCCAGGCCUGGGCUGGGCAAGCGGGACCCUACCCUCCAGUCUACCAGCUCUCGUCCCCGAGGCUUGGCCCCUAGUCUACAAAGGGGACCCCGCACAAACCUAUUUAUUAACUUGCUGAGCACAAGUGCUCUGUCCACCCCGUGUCCAUCCGUCCAGCCUCCCGUUGCUGCUCUCCUUCUCGCCUCAGCCCGGACCCCACUUUGCCCCCCAGCCAGCCUUGCAGGAGGAUGGGGUCUCCUGCCCCCCGUAUUGAGCCAGGAGUCCCAGAUGGGGGUCGCUGAGUUCUGACUCCCAGGGCAAGCCCCCUACUCUACUGUGGGACCCAGCAUCCCUCCCGGCCGGGCCUCUCUACCCCCAUCCCGGGCUGAGGGCCCGUGGCGCGUGAGGUCCGUGUGCAUGUGCGAAUGUUCUGGGGAGGUUUUGUCCACCAGCCCUCAACCAGCCCAGCCUCUGAGAGACGGGACUGUGGCGGGGCCGCUGGCCUCCCCCUGGGGCCGGGCGUCGUGUGCUGAGCCCUAGGCCCCCCUCUGACCCCAUCCAGGCGUUUGUUGUCCCCAGCCUGGUCCUUGCUGCAUCUCACCAGACCCCUCUUCUGAGACCCCCCACCCUGGGUCUGGGAUUGGCCAGUGGGGGGGGGGGCAGGCGUGAGGACCCGUAGGAGCCUGGGGGUGCCUGCUUUAUUUCCAGGGGCAGUACCUGCCCCCUCUGCCCUCGCAGGGCCCACCCUACUCUCUGGGCCUCUGCGUAAGGCCCCUGACCACGCUCCGUGAGUUCUGCUCUCCCGGACCGCCCUACUUCAUAGAUGUUGUGAAUUGAAGCCUCCCUGCCCCACCCCAGGCUACGUGAUUGUGUUGGUGGUUGAUCCUGACGUGCUGGUGCUGUGUACCCCCACCUGGGCUCCCUCCUCAGAGGCCCCUUGCCGGUGACACUACCUGGGGCUCAGGCCUGGCCCCCCCCAGUUCACGGUUGUUCCCGGGAGCCGUCCUCUCCCAUCGUGUCUGUACCUUGGGAGCUGCUGCUGCUGCUUACAGAAUUAUAUUUUUUCUUUUGAAGAGUUUUAAGAAGUUGUUAACUUUUUGUGUCUUGUCCUGUAAGAAGAUAAAUAAAUAUUCUAAGUAGA